AUGCCCACCGGCCCGCCCGCCGAUAAGUCCAGGCAAACGUCCGCUGGGAAGUCCUUUUUCGGGAGGAAAUUGUACAAGGAGAGGCCCGCUGAUGAGCGCUCGGAUGGGUAUGGGGGUUCCUUCGACAGCCUGGCGCCGCCCGCCAGUGUAGCCGGUUCUCGAUCAUCCCGAUACUCCAAGCGCUCCUCGAUCCAAUCUGUUGAUAUGACCGGAGACAUCGACUCUGCCAGCCUCGCUCCCACGGCCGGUGUCAUCACCUCCAUUCCCUACGAUAGUAUGCCGUCUGACACGAGAACACCUAUCCCGAUCGACAGCAUGUCCCGCCCUGACUCCUCCCGCCUGGAACCCUCACCCAACAACCUUGGCAAGUCUGGCGGUGACUACCACCAAUAUCCUACGUGGACAUCGACCUCUGCGCCAAACGGAUCAUCACAUCCCUCCGGCCCCCGCCCACCCCCUCACACCUCGGGCAUGACCAUGACCAGCAGCACCUCCGGAGACCGAGGCACACGAUACCAACAAUGGGGUCGCCCUGGCAGCUCCGCUGCAAAUCACUCCAUCGACUCCUCUUCCAAUUCUCGUACAUCACUCGAUCAGACCAGCCUAUAUUCCUCCCAUUCUUCCAACACCCGUGGCUCGAAUUAUUACUCCGCCGACGGCUCCUCCCGCACCCUCACCCCCUCCCACUCGAGUGACCGCAAUACCGUCUUUCCUAGCAGCAGUUCUGGACGUCUGUCGAAUGCUGCCUCGCACCAGCCCAUACCCGCCGCGGUACCGCGCCCGCCGGAUAACUACUUGACCCGGCCACGGGAUGAUCGGGUUGUGGAUCAGUUGUUCUUGGAGUUGAUGCAGAAGCGUGGAUGGCAGAAUCUUCCCGAGCAGGCCAAGCGGCAGAUGCUGUCUUAUCCGGCCUCGAAGAAGUGGACUUUGGUUCACCAGGAUCGAUUGACGGAGUUGCAAGGCGAGCAGAAACGACGACAGAAUGCUCGCCAGACGCAUGGGCAUGACGGACUUUCUGGCCUGCUGGAGCGGGCUGAUGAGGAAGGGAGUCCGGAGUGGUAUGUGAAGAAGGUUAUGGAUGAUACGAUUACUUCCAAGCAACUUGCGAGUCUUAGCGUUAGUCUGCGGACGCAGCCCAUCAGUUGGGUGAAAGCUUUCGUCGAAGCUCAGGGUCAAGUUGCUCUCACGAAUGUCCUCCAAAAGAUCAACCGGCGCAAAGCCUCUGGUCCCGUUCCUGCUCCGCCAUCGGGUGAUAAGGACUUAGACCGUGAAUAUGACAUUGCCAAGUGUUUGAAGGGUCUCAUGAACAACAAAUAUGGUGCGGAUGAUGCUCUGGAGCACCAAGGUGUUCUGGUCGCCCUCGUCAACUCGCUUUCGUCCCCUCGUCUCAAUACCCGGAAACUUGUCAGCGAGGUCCUCACCUUCCUGUGCCACUGGGCCGAGGGUCAAGGCCACCAAAAGGUCCUCCAGGCUAUGGACAAAGUCAAACAUGACCAUAAUGAAACCGGCCGCUUCGAUGCAUGGAUGCGUAUCACCGAGGUCACAAUUGAUGGCCGCGGCAAGAUGGGCAGUUUGGUCGGCGCUAGCGAGGAGUACCGCAGCGGUGGUAUUGGCAUGGAGAACCUGCUGAUGGAGUAUGCUGUCUCGACAAUGAUUCUGAUCAACAUGCUUGUCGAUGGUGCCGAGAACGACCUGCAAUUGCGAUGCCAUAUCCGUGCGCAAUUCAUCUCAUGUGGCGUGAAGCGCCUGCUCACGAAGAUGGAGGGCUUCCAGUAUGAGGUCAUUGAUAAGCAGAUCGAGCGCUUCCGCGAAAAUGAGGCUAUCGACUAUGAGGACCUGCUCCAGCGUGAGGGCAGUAGUAUGAAGGAUAGUGUCGAGGGAGAGGUCAAGGAUAUGACUGAUCCCCUCCAGAUUGCGGAUGCUAUUGCCGUGAAGAUCCAGGGUACCCGUUCGCAUGACUAUUUCCUCUCGGCUAUGCAGCAUAUGCUGCUGAUUCGGGAGAAUGCCGGCGAAGAGGGGCUCCGUAUGUUCCAGCUCGUUGAUGCUAUGAUGAGCUACGUUGCUAUGGAUCGGCGAUUACCCGAUCUAGAUCUUCGUCAGGGUUUGAACUUUACCGUGCAGAGCCUUCUGGAUCGUCUGCAUACCGAUACUGAGGCUCGACGUGUGUAUGAUGAAGCUCUGGAGGCUCGCCAGAUUGCCGAGGCUGCCAUUGCGGAGCGCGAUGAGAUGAAAGCCCAGGUAGAGCUUGGUGCUGAGGGUCUAGUCUUGAAAUUGCAGAAGCAAAUCGAUGAGCAGGCCGGAAUUAUUGAGCUGCAAGGUCGCCAGACUGAAACACUCAAGGCCGAGGUCUCUGAAGUCCAGCGACUACGUGCCCAGGAGUUGCAGCGCAAUGAAUUGGAGACUCGUGAGCUGUAUCUUAUGCUCCGUGACGCACAGGACAUUGCUGCUUCGAAUGCUAGGAAGCAGGCUAAUGCAUCGGAGGCCGGACCUGCUGAUCCUUCUCAAUUGCCGGGCAUCAUGGAUCGCGAGCGUCUCAUGGAACGGCUCGAGCGCCAGCUUGAGCGAACUAAGACUCAGUUCAAGCUUGAGGGCAAGGUUUGGGGUCAACAUGGCCCGUCUGACCGUUUGCGUGAGCUGCGUGAGCAGAUGGAAGGUGACGUCGACUACAGUGAGGAAUUCGCCGAGUCUACUCGUCGUAAUCUCGACCCUGGUUCUCUGGGAUCUGUUUACCGCAAGCGCAGCCAUGUACCGGAUAUGGACCAGGGCCCUGAUGGUCUACCCAUGUCUCCCGUUGAUGAGGAUGAAGAGGCUGUGUACGAGAAGCCUCGCCUGAUUGAGUACCAGCGUCCUCGCAUGAACCCUGCCCAGGCUACUGGCUUGCUUGGUGAACUUGCUUCCAAGGUGCCCAAGUAUGAUGACGAUUCUGAUGCUGGUGUUGCUGCCGCCGUCGCGGACGAAUCUACUAAGGCUGAGGAUGUUGGUGGUGCCAAAGCUCUCGUUCCUCCCCCUCCUCCCCCUGGCGGCAAACUCGCUAUCCCUCCUCCGCCUCCGCCUGGUGGCGCCAAAGCUAUCCCUGGCCCUCCACCACCUCCUCCCCCUCCCGGUGGAAAGAUUGGCAUUCCUCCUCCGCCACCUCCUCCUGGAGGUGCUAUUGGGCUUCCCCCUCCGCCACCUCCACCUGGUGGUGGUAUUGGUCUUCCACCCCCGCCUCCUCCUCCAAUUCCUGGAGCAACCGGUGGCUUUGCUCCUCCCCCUCCUCCGCCUCCCAGUGCUCCGUUGGGCGCUGGCUGGAGACCUACGUAUAUGGUUCAAGACGAUGUAUCCUCUUCCAUCACCGGCAUGCCUUCUAUCCGGCCUAAGAAGAAGCUCAAGGCUCUGCAUUGGGACAAGGUCGAUACUCCUCAGGUAACCGUUUGGGCUGCCCACGCACCAACUCAACAAGAGAAGGAGCAGAAGUAUACCGACCUAGCUAAGAAGGGUGUUCUGGAUGAAGUCGAGCGUCUUUUCAUGGCCAAGGAGACUAAGAUCUUUGGAGCAAGCACCGCAGCCAAGCAGCGCAAGGACAAGAAGCAGGUCAUUUCUAAUGAUCUGUCGAAGAAUUUCCAGAUUGCUCUUUCUAAAUUCUCUCAAUUCCCAGCUGACGAUGUCACACGCAUGAUUAUUCACUGUGACAAGGAGAUAUUGGAUAAUAUGGUUGUGAUGGACUUUUUGCAAAGAGAGGAGAUGUGCGCGAUCCCGGAGAAUGUUGCCAAGUUGAUGGCUCCGUAUAGUCGUGACUGGACUGUUCCUGGUGCUGCUAGCUCUGAGCGCGAGCAGGAUCCGAGUGAACUGACCCGUGAAGAUCAGAUCUAUCUCUCAACUGCCUUUGAACUGAAUCACUACUGGAAGGCUCGUAUGAGGGCUCUUGCGUUGACGCGCUCUUAUGAGCAUGAGUAUGAGUACAUCUCUACCAGACUGCAGGAGGUGGUUCGGGUCAGCGAGUCCCUGCGUGAUUCCGUUGCGCUGAUGAACGUUCUCGGGUUGAUUCUUGAUAUCGGUAACUUCAUGAACGACGCAAACAAGCAGGCGCAAGGUUUCAAGCUAAGCUCGCUUGCCCGCCUUGGUAUGGUCAAGGAUGACAAGAACGAGACUACUUUUGCAGAUCUUGUCGAGCGUAUCGUGCGCAACCAGUAUCCCGAAUGGGAGGGCUUCAGUGACGAGAUUGGAGGCGUUAUUGGAUUGCAGAAGGUCAGCGUUGAUCAGCUGCGCACUGAUUCUGUCAAGUACAUCAGCAAUAUCAAGAAUGUGCAGUCGAGCUUGGAUGCUGGUAACCUCAGCGAUCCGAAGAAGUUCCACCCUCAGGAUCGUGUGAGCCAGGUCGUUCAGCGGAGUAUGAAGGAUGCUCGUCGCAAGGCUGAGCAGUUGCAGCUGUACCUGGAUGAGAUGGUCAAGACUUAUGAUGAUAUUAUGGUCUUCUAUGGCGAGGACAACACUGACGAGAAUGCUCGGCGAGACUUCUUUGCGAAGUUGGCUUCGUUCUUGAUGGAAUGGAAGAAAUCGCGCGAAAAGAAUAUCGGCUUGGAAGAGUCCAGGAAGCGCACGGAAGCUUCUUUGGCUCGCAAGCGGAUCAAUGUCAACCUUGCUAAUGGCGCUCCUACCGAGUCGCCCAAUUCACCUGCCACCAGUGGAGCCAUGGACUCGUUGCUCGAGAAGCUGCGUGCUGCUGCGCCUCAAACUAAGGACGUGCGGGAUCGCCGUCGUCGUGCCCGUCUCAAGGAACGCCAUCAAGUUCGCGUUGCUUCUGGUCAGAAGGUGCCCGAUCUCUCGGGAACCGAGGGAGGCGAAGGGUCAGAGCAGCCUGCUGACGGAAAUGCCCAAACGGAUGAGAAUGGCUUGCUGAGCCCGCCCAUUCCUGCAGAGGGUGAAGAAAGCGCUAAAGAGGCUCAGAUAUCUGAAGGCGAGGACGUUGCUGACCGUGCCGCUAGUAUGCUCCUGGGAUUGAGGAGUAACUCUGACGCGAAUGGAGAUCGUCAACGUCGCCGAAGAGAAAGCGCUGAUGAAGAGCGUCGUCAACGUCGUAUGAGACGCCGUAAUGGCGCAACGAGCGGAAGCAAAGACAGCGCCGAUGGCUCUGGAUCGGGUCUUGCAACUGUCCAGGAACCGGCAUCGCCAUCACAAACAGACUCUGUUGGUGGUACUGAAGAUCAGCCAUUGCCAAGCCCUCUGCCUGACGACUUCAAGCCCUCGGUGCCCCCCGAGAUUGUUGUUUCAGAGCAGCAUGACGAUGGCCCGCCUGAAACAGAAUCACCAGCUGACGGAUCCUCUGCCACCCAUCCGAUUGAAUUAUCGGAUUGA